CUUCGAGGAAGCCCUACCCCAUGAUGACACUAUGUAGCGGUCAAGAACUUUAACUGCAAUGUAAAACACCCCCGAAACCCCUGAUCUGUACCUUCGUUGGCAUCUCCUUCCCCUACAGGUGCACCUUCCACCAAGAAACUUCGCUCUUUUAUCGAUCUUCUGCCCGUCGCUCAUUAUUUAAAGCCCUCUUACACCAUUACUUUUUUCCCAUCAACUUUUUGUUUCAGCCUCUCCUACGUGCAUAUCAAUAUUUGGCACAGAAAUUAAUGGCAUUAAAAGGCGAUGUUAUCGAGUUUGAAGAUUUUUUCCCUGCAAUGGUGGAGAAACUUGGCGCAGAAGGAUUCUUGGAUGAGCUGUGCAAUGGGUUCAGGUUGCUGAUGGAUGAAGAAAAAGGGUUGAUCACAUUGGAGAGCUUGAAGAAAAAUUCGGCUUUGUUAGGUUUGCAAGACUUGAAGGAUGAUGAAUUGCAAUGCAUGUUAGAAGAAGGGGAUUUGGAUGGUGAUGGGAGUCUGAAUGAAAUGGAGUUCUGUGUUCUUAUGUUUAGAUUGAGUCCUGAAUUAAUGAAGACUUCAAGAAUGUUUGUUGAAGAAGCUAUAUUGAAUCAGUUUUAGGCUCUAAUUUAGUAAAAAAAAAUGGAAAUUUGGAUUCAUAUAUGAAUCAAGGGCCUCCAUUCGAAUGCUUGCAUUAUUAUUGCUUCUCCAAUUAAUUUUGCUCCAUCAUAGGAGUAAUUACUUGCUGUUGCCUGAUUAAAUAUUGCUCAGGUAUUAUGAAAAUAUUGAUCAAAUUGCAGUAGCUGUGCAACAAUAUUGAAUUAUACUUUUC